UCAUCAGCAGCGGCAGCUCUUCAUCAGUGAGCGACGUUGUCUUAUUAAUCAGGGGGCUCUGAAUGGAAACCAAUCAGAUAGAAGGUACCUUUGGCUUCAGUUUCCUAGUUGCCUAAGUUAAAAGUGAUGCAGAGAGAGAGAGAGAGAGAGAGAGAGGAAUCUCUUCUGAGUACAGAGAAGAGACAGCACUGGAGCUAACUGUUCACAGGCAGAAGGGAGAACAGGAAAGCACUGGAUCAGCUGCGGACAGCCCAGCAUCAAGGAAAACAGCUGCCACUUUCUCCAGGGAAGAGGAAGAUCAACUGCAAGAGGAAUACAUAAUUUGUAGAGGGUUCUUCUGGAUAAAGUAAGAGACAUCUUGAGCCUAGUCAACACUUUUCAAAAGGCACGAAUAAUGAGAACUUGCUAUUGCUUCUCAUUUCUCAUCUGGACUUGUAUGUUUCACGAAGUACCUACUUCACCAUCCCUGAAAACGACUCACGUUUAUUUCCAAGCUGAAAGGAUAAUGGGACAUUCUAAAGACCAUGGAAAAGCACUGCAUCGGACCAAACGGGGAUGGAUGUGGAAUCAGUUUUUUUUACUGGAGGAAUAUACUGGUCCAGAUACCCAAUAUGUUGGCAAGCUACAUACUGACCAAGAUAAAGGAGAUGGAAAUUUAAAAUACAUAUUAACAGGAGAUGGGGCUGGCAGCCUAUUCAUUAUAGAUGAAAAUACAGGAGAUAUUCAUGCAGCAAAAAGGCUGGACAGAGAAGAGAAGUCUUUAUAUGUGCUACGUGCCAAGGCUAUAGACCGAAAGACUGGUAGACAAGUGGAGCCAGAAUCAGAAUUUAUCAUUAAAAUCCAUGAUAUCAAUGACAAUGAGCCUAAAUUUACUAAGGACAUUUAUACCGCCAGUGUUCCUGAAAAGUCUGCAGUUGGUACUUCUGUUAUCCAAGUGACAGCCACAGAUGCUGAUGAUGCUAACUAUGGAAACAGUGCCAAAGUGGUAUAUAGCAUCCUCCAGGGACAGCCAUAUUUCGCAGUGGAUCCAGAAACAGGCAUCAUCAAGACAGCUUUGCCGGAUAUGAGCAGAGAGAACAGAGAGCAGUACCAAGUGGUCAUCCAGGCGAAAGACAUGGGAGGCCAGAUGGGCGGAUUAUCAGGAACCACCACAGUGAACAUCACGCUGACCGACGUCAAUGACAAUCCACCUCGAUUCCCCCAGAGCACAUAUCAGUUCAGCUCCCUGGAGUCUGCGCCGCCUGGGACUGCACUCGGCCGAAUAAAAGCCAAUGACCCUGAUGUGGGUGAAAAUGCUGAGAUUGAGUACAGCAUCGCUGCUGGCGAUGGAUCGGACAUGUUUGAUAUCAUCACUGACAAGGACACACAAGAAGGGAUUAUAACUGUCAAAAAGCAACUGGAUUUUGAAAAGAAGAACCUAUAUAUCCUAAAAGUUGAAGCAACCAACUCACAUCCUGAUCCACAAUUUUUCUACUUGGGACCAUUUAAGGAUUCAGCUUUGGUCAAAGUUUAUGUGGAAGACAUAGAUGAGCCACCAGUAUUCAGCAUACCUUCAAGCCUAAUUGAAGUUGAUGAAGAUGCCAGGGAGGGAAGUAUCAUUGGGCAAGUGAUAGCUCAGGAUCCAGAUGCAGCAAGGAACAUCAUAAAAUAUUCUUUGGAUCGGCACACUGAUUUGGACAGAAUAUUUAACAUCCACUCAGGAAAUGGGUCUAUAUUUGUCUCAAAGCUGCUUGACCGAGAAGCAGCUCCAUGGCACAACCUGACAGUCAUAGCCACUGAAGUCAGCAAUCCCAAACAAAGCACCCAAGCACCCAUCUUCAUCCGUAUUUUAGAUAUAAAUGAUCACGCACCAGAAUUUGCCAAGUACUAUGAAACCUUUGUCUGUGAAAAUGCAAAAGCAGGACAGCUCAUACAAACUGUCAGUGCCAUGGACAAAGAUGAGCCACCUCGUGGGCACAAGUUUUUUUUUGAGCUGGUUCCAGAAUACACGGUCCAUCCAAACUUCUCUGUUAUUGACAACAAAGACAACACAGCAGGAAUUAUAACCAGAAGAAACGGAUACAACCGGCAUAAAAUGAGCACCUAUCUCCUGCCAGUGAUAAUAUUUGACAACGACUACCCCAUCCAAAGUAGCACCGGCACACUGACGAUCCGGGUAUGUGCCUGUGACAGCCGGGGGAACAUGCAGUCCUGCAAUGCUGAAGCUUUGCUCCUUCCAGCAGGCCUCAGCACAGGAGCACUCAUUGCCAUCCUGCUGUGCAUCAUUAUUCUGCUGGUUUUGGUUGUGCUGUUUGCAGCAAUGAAGCGGCAGAGAAAGAAAGAGCCCUUGAUCAUUUCAAAGGACGACGUCCGAGACAAUAUUGUGACCUACAAUGAUGAAGGAGGUGGGGAAGAAGAUACCCAAGCCUUUGACAUUGGCACACUGAGAAAUCCUGAAGCCAGAGAGGAGAACAAAAUGAGAAGAGAUGUCAUGCCAGAAACGAUUUUCCAGAUAAGAAGAACUGCACCUCUCUGGGAAAACAUUGAUGUGCAAGAUUUUAUCCACAGAAGGCUAAAGGAAAAUGAUUUGGAUCCAACUGCACCUCCUUAUGAUUCUUUAGCAACCUAUGCAUAUGAAGGGAAUGAUUCCAUAGCAAAUUCACUUAGCUCACUGGAAUCACUUACAACAGAUGGCGGCAACCAAGAUUAUGAUUACCUUAGUGACUGGGGGCCUCGGUUUAAAAAAUUAGCAGACAUGUAUGGUGGAGAUGACAGUGACCAAGACUGAUUCCCCCAGUCCAGCGGUUCCAGUGAAGAUAGGUUCUACAUGAACAGCAGCUUCCCCAUUCUUUUCAGUUACAAUGUCUCUGGGCAUAGAGUACCAAUACCUAUGGAGAACAUUCCUUGAAAUAAUAGAUGAUGGACUCCAGGCUAUCCUGCAUGACAGGAGCUCCAGACCAUAAAGCCCAGUAUCAUGGUCUAAGAAAGCAUCUUGUGACUUGGUCAGUGUUGAUGGAAUUCAUUCCUCUGUAACUAGAAAAAGUGGCCUACAUUCUCUUACUUGGAAAAAUACAAAAAUAGGUGUUUGUCUCAGUAAGAGUUUGCUUAAUAAGUCAACGUGAAUGAAAAUGGUUAAGAUUUUUUUUAAAAAAAUAAAAAUAAAAACUAUACUUCACCCUCUCUGCCUAAGAUGUUGGAAAGAAGAUAUUCAGCACUUAAAAGAAAAAGAUACCUAGAAAGGCUUUUUGUGCCUUUAAUAUUGAGUUGGAAAGUUUAACUUUUUCUAAAAGAACACUUUGCUUCACUUUUCCUACUACUGUUUGGAACAAUCUUAUAACAUAACCCAUCUUAUAACGUAAUCUGAGUACUCCUUAAAAAUAAGAAUGAAUAUUACUGCCAUAUUUAUUGAGUAAAAAAAAGUCUGUGU